AUGUCACCUCCGCUCAAACAUGGCACCAUCAAUGAGCCCAACGAGGACUCUACACACGCCGUCCCCGCACCAGAAUACUCGCGCUUCACGCGGCGGCAGCGCUGGCUCAUCGUCGUGCUCGCCACGAUAUCAGCCACAUUCUCGGGCUUCGCCUCCAACAUCUACUUCCCCGCCAUCCCGCGCAUCGCCCAUGAUCUCGGAACAUCAAUCGAAAACAUCAACCUCACCGUCACGACGUACAUGGUGUUCCAGGCACUCACGCCAACAUUAUGGGGCGCCCUUUCGGACGUCUACGGUCGCCGGGUGACGCUUAUGUGUACGUUUGUCGUUUUUAUCGGUGCGAGUAUUGGACUGGCCCUCUCAACACAGUUCUACGAGCUUCUCAUCUUGAGAGGAUUACAGAGCUCGGGUUCAGCUAGUACCAUCGCCAUUGGAUCAGGCAUGAUUGGAGACGUGACUGCGCGAGAGGCGCGCGGAGGUAUCAUGGGGAUCUUCCAGACAGGCCUUCUCAUGCCUCUAGCCAUUGGGCCUGUGCUCGGCGGCGUGUUCUCUGACACGAUGGGGUGGCGCUCCAUCUUCUGGUUCCUCGUCAUCUACGGGGGAACAUACCUCGCCAUAUUGGUGGUCGUGCUUCCCGAGACGCUGCGGGGGCUUGUUGGCGACGGCUCGUUGUUGCCACCUCGCAUCUCGCGAGCUCCACUAGAUAAAAUAAUGGCACCACCACGGGAGGCGCAAGCGACAACUACCAAGUCACUCAAGCUCGAUAUCGCCGCGCCAAUCCGCAUCCUCUUCUACCCCGAGGUCUUUGUUACGCUCCUCUUCCUCUCGCUACACUACGCGACUUGGCAGAUGGCCGUCACGGCCCAAUCGUCCCUCUUUAAAAGCAUAUACGGCCUGGACGACCUACAUAUCGGCCUGACGUUUUUGGCCAACGGCUUCGGGUGUAUGAUUGGGACGCUCACGACUGGCAAGCUCCUAGACCACGACUACAAGCGUAUGCAGGCCCACUUUACGGGUAAUCCGGCCGACUUUCCAAUCGAACACGCGCGCCUACGCACCGUCUGGUUCUGGUCGCCAUUACAAUGGUUCGCAAUGCUGCUGUUCGGCUGGGCGCUCGACAAGCACCUACAUAUGGCUGCACCGAUUGUUGCUUCGUUCGUCCUCGCGUGGGCCGCCAUGUCGAUCCAGUCCGUCAUCUCGACUUUUAUCGUCGAUGUGUUUCCGACUCAGAGCGCGUCAGCAACUGCGGCACUCAACCUCGCCCGAUGUCUACUCGGUGCUGCAAGUACGGCGGCCGUAGAACCGACCAUGAAGCGGAUCGGGACGGGAUGGACUUUUACGCUCUGGACUGGGCUCUUGGUAUUGUCGCUCGUGCUUGUGGGAGUACAGCAGCGAUGGGGCGCGAUUUGGCGCAAGCGACGCGAAGCGAGGGAACGGCAAAAGGAGACCAUGUAG